AUGGCGGACCUGCACCGCCAGCUGCAGGAGUACCUGGCACAGGGGAAAGCAGGCGGGCCGGCAGCCGCGGAGCCGCUGCUCGCCGCGGAGCAGGCCGGGGAGCCCGCGGCGGGGAGCGGGCCGGCGGGGGCAUGGCUGGGCCGCGCGGGCCUGCGCUGGACGUGGGCGCGGAGCCCCGCGGAGCCAUCGGCGGCGGCGGGCCCGGCGUGCCUGCCGAGCGUGACGCGCGCGCAGCGGCUGGCGGCGAGCGGCGUGUGCCUGCUGCUGGCCGCGCUCUGCUUCGGCCUGGCCGCACUGUACGCGCCCGCGCUCCUGCUGCGGGCGCGCAAGUUCGCGCUGCUCUGGUCGCUGGGCUCGGCGCUGGCGCUGGCGGGCGGCGCGCUCCUGCGGGGCGGCGCGGCGUGCGGACGCCUGCUGCGCGGCGAGGAGGCGCCGUCGCGGCCCGCGCUGCUCUACGCGGCCGCGCUGGGCGGCACGCUGUACGCGGCGCUGGGCCUGCGCAGCACGGUGCUCUCGGCGCUGGGCGCCUGCGCGCAGGUGGCCGCCUUGCUGGCGCUGCUCCUCGGCCUGCUGCCAUGGGGCACGGGCUCCGCGCUGCGUCUCGCCCUCGGGCGGCUGGGCUCGGGCGCCCGCCUCGCCAAGGGGCUGCCCGUGUGAGAGGCCCGGGGACGGCCUCCAGGCAAGGACGCGGAGCCGGCCGUCGGGCGAGGACGCGGAACCGGCCCGGGAAGAGAACGCGGAGCCGGCCAUCGGGCGAGGAUGCGGUGCCGACCCCCGGGCGAGGAAGCGGAGCCGGAGCGAGCUGUGCGCGCGCGGGUGCGCAGGCCGUCGGUCUGGAGCGGCUGUCGGGGAGCCCUGCAGUGGCGCGGCCUGAGGCGGCCCCGGGGGUUGGCUGGACGUGCCGAGACGCGGACGACGAGCUGCUGCUGCGUUCGCCGCGCGCUCGGACGGAGCUCAGCGGAAACAGCGGCUCUGCAGCUUUAACUGGUCGCCCUGUGCCUCUCCCCGACUCCUCACCGGGAACUGCUGUGGCUGAGUGUAGCAGUUUAGCUACAGUAAGCUGCUGUUUGCUUCGUCUCUUGGAAAGUAUUUUCCCUCAUUCUUCAACGUGAGUGGAUCGCCAAGGGUAUCAGACUAAAGAGUAAACUUAGCUGCCGGAUUUUUUUUAAGUACUUUAGUUAAGAUGGUUCGCCUCGUUUUUUCUUGUUUUAGAGAAAUUGUAAAUUGGUGCCUUAUAAAAUUAAAACACAAUUGGCUUUGUAUUAGACGAUGAAAGCGACGGACCAAAAGGGAGCAGCUGCGCCCCGGGAAGUACGGUGUGCAGCAAGGUGCGUGCAGACGCUUCGAGAGGUCCCGCGCGCGGAGCCGGGCUGGGGGCGCCUGGGAGAUGGAGGACAGCUCUACGUCCAAGUUCCCAUAUUUGGGGGGAACCAUGGAUCUCUGCAGGGCCCAGUUACCAUUCCUAAUUUUAUGAUCUGCUUUUUAAACCAUAGUCCAUACUUUGUACUGAUCCUAAUGCAACGUAAGAUGCUUUUCAUAUGUAAUUGCAAAUCUCCGUUUUAGGGUUCAGCACUUUUGUCUAAGACCUUAUUGGAUACCUUAAUUUAUUGCCAGAAAGUAUGGGCUCAAUAUUCCGAUGAGUCCAGAAAACUAUAUAUUUUGUCAGUAGCUAUAUAUUUAUAAGUAAAAUGUGUUUAGAACUUUAACAUUCUAUGCCGGUGGUUCUCAGUUCACAUCAGAAUUACUCGAAGAGCCAAACCUCAGUCAGUUCCAUCAGAAUCCCUGGGGUGGGAGCCAGGCAUCAGGACUUUAUUAGCGCUCCCCAGAUGAUACUGUGUUCCCCUGAGGUUGAGAACUACUUUUCUGUGCACUGGAUUGCACAACUUGAAAAUAAUCGUCAUUUUCUGGGGCCGGAUUCCAGUGUUGCCUUAAACGGAUGUGUCAGGCAGCACUGGAGCAUUACCUCUUUGUCCAAACUCAAAACUUACGUUCCUCAUGCCUGGGUCCCGAUCAGUGUCCGAAGCCGUGCCCCAAGAAGUGACAUCCAGUGACCGACAUCCACACUGUGGCCCCCAGGCUGCUUCACCCUCAGCCCAGUGUUCUCGCAGACGACUGCCUGUGCUGUCAGUGCACAGGGUUACCUACCUCAAGAGCACCGCCCAGCGGGUGUACGGGCACGCGCUGUUUGCCGGGACUCGUUGAUCUUCUCAACUGGAAAACUUGAGUUAUUGACUGCUCUAUCCCCCAGUUAAAUCUCUGUUCUAGUUCUAAAUUUCUCUACAAUUUGCACAGCUGAAGAUUUUACAAUGUUUAGCGUAUUUUUAUGUUGAUGCUAUUAUACUUAAAAAGAAUUUUCCCCAACAUUUUGUCAAGAAUUCAAACACUGAAAAUCUAGCUUUUAUAAAAUUUGAAGUGCAAUAUCUUGUAUAUUUUGACACUGAUGUUUUAAAAAAUAUAUAUAUAUCUUAAGUAAUGUAUAAUGUAGAGAUUUCAGUUUUCUCUAAAUGAAUUCCUUCUCCAAAUGUAAUCUGAUUAUCUGCUUACUGAGGUGUACUGUUUUUUUAAAAGUUAAAGCCUAACGUAUUAAGAUGAUAAAGUUCUUACUACGUAAAUCUCAGAAAAAGGAGCCUAAUCUCAAUAUGGGUUUGGUCUCUGGAUCUCUUUAGCUUCUCAGAGUUUGAUUACAACUUUUUAAGCUAUACGAGUGGAUGGUAAAUAACAUCCAAAAACCUAAAGCAAUCUUGAGCCAUCUAAUUGUGUGUUUACAGUGAGGUGCUGAUAAAUAAAAUGCUUUUAAUUUCAAA